AUGGCCAUUACGCUGAUAAAUGCACCACCAAAUACCAUAUAUUCAAGUGAAACACCUUCACAACAACAUACCGGACUUUCCAGUGUUCGUAAUAUUGCAAAGCAUAUACAGCCUGAUUGUGAGAUACAUUUUACACCGCCAGUGAGUGGAAUUGUGUUCGGCAAGGGCACUUUAUAUGUCACAGAAAAUCAGCUAUCUUUCUUUUCUCCAAUAACACAAACAGGACUUGCUAUAGAUUAUCCAUCUAUAAUAAUCCAUGCAGUGUCUCGACAAAUAUCAAGGGAUGGUAUUGGACCCUGUAUCUAUAUCCAAUUGGCUGAUCUUUUGCCUCAUGUUGGCGCGUUUCAACUGUCAUCGAUGGACGAAGCAAGUGAAGAAGAAGAAAAUGCGGACGAGGAUUCUAUGACUGAAAUCAAAAUUGUUCCUGAUAACGCUGACAUAUCAGUAGAUACAAUAUUUGAAGCACUAAGCGAAUGCGCUGCGUUACAUCCUGAUCAAGAUUUCAUGGAAGGCGCAAACAAUGAUAAUGCAAACGGGGACUAUAGAGAAUUGUCCGAGCGUGGAAUGGCAACAUUUGCUUACUUGGAAUCUAUUACUGGAUCUCCACCUGAAGCAACAAAUCCAGGAGGUUUAGAAGUAAACAUGGUUAUUGAUGAUGAAAGAUUCCAGGACGCGGAUGAAGAGAUGCAAUGA